AUGAAUGUUGAAACGGACGACUCACGUGUAAAACAGAUCACUGACAUAGUGUUCGGUGUUCAGCGGCAUUUGUACUCCGGUUGUGUGUCAUUGUUACUUUCUUCGGCACCAGAAGAAAAUACCUCCAGCCUCAGGUUAAUAAAGUUGCUGUCGGCACGAGGGAUUGCUUCCGUGACGUUGUCUGUCCCAAUGCUGAACAUAUCACGUGAUGACGCUGAAUGCCGUUACAACCGCCCGCUGUACGUCGUAACGCAGGGUGAAACACUCAGACUGAAGCAGUUUGCUGCUACAAUGAGCCUCACAGGCCCCACCUGGCUCUUGUUUUCGAACCAGUCUGUAACUUUGGAAUCUCUGUUAACUGAUGUCUACAUCCCAUUUGACUGCUUAUUUCUGGUGGCACGCGAGGACCAAAAGGGUAAAGUGACUCUGCUGGAAGUUUACAGAGUUAACAGGACAACACCACUUCUAAGUCUCCAGUUGGCCCUCUGGAGCCCGAAAUUUGGUCUCAUGUGGAAUAAGAAGUCGUUCUAUGAGAGGAGAAACAAUAUGCAUGGCGUCACUCUCAAGGUUUCAGCCUACCAGAGUCCCCCUUUAACUGAGCUAAAACACAACGUACACAAGCUAGAGAUAGGUGGAAUGUUCGGAGAAGUCUGGUACAGCCUUUCGCGGGAACUGAACUAUACAACAGAUGUGCACUCGCCAGAAGACAACGCCAUGGGCGCGUCUUCCAAGAACGGGACAUGGAACGGAAUAAUUAGGAUGUUGAUGGAUCAGGUAGUGGAUGUGGCUGUCGCAGAUGUCACCAUGACGUCACGCCGGGCCGUCGUUAUCGACUUCAGCGUGCCUCUCAUUCUAGGCAGAUCCUGCAUAUUCAUCAGAACACCUGGAUCUUCCUAUGAGGCGCUCAACAACAUCCUGGCCCCAUUCAGCUCUGGUCUGUGGUUCACAAUUCUGGGGGCAAUUCUGCUUCUCGCAGCCUUCCUGUCGCUCUCUUAUCACGCGGUGAGAAGUUACGACAACACCGAGAAACCAGACCUUUACACAGUGCCAAUGGCACUCUUCUGUGUUUUCGAAAUCUUCUGUCAGCAAGGUCACGAUGAGACACCCCGGUCCUUGUCAUGUCGCCUCGUAUACUGGGUGUCCCACGUGGCGGCUGUGGUGCUGUAUGCAGCUUACUCAGGCGCGCUGAUCUCUUCCCUCGCACUGCAGCGUAUAGUCCCGCCCUUCAGAACGUUUAGUGGUCUCUUGCAGCAUGGUGGGUAUCAAGUGGCCACACUGGCCAGCUCGGCGCAAUUCAACAUCUUUGACGAAACCACGGACGAGACCAUGAGCGACAUAUACAAGAAGCUGUUUGACAAGAGCAUGCCGAGUACUGUACUGGAAGGUUUCAGCAACUUAUGCUCCAGGAGUAAUUAUGCAUUCCUAGCGACAUACAGCAGCUCCUUGCCAAUCCUUGGGAGCCUCAACUGCAGCGUCACGUCGCUAAAGGAGGCCUCACUGCCUGAAAGCCUCAGCAUGGCGUUCACUAAAAGGAGUCCCUACCUCGGCGUCAUCAACUUCAACACCGAAUACCAGAUCUCGGAGGACAGCUCCUCGGGGUCUAUCUCCGCUGAUGGGACCUGGAACGGGCUGAUCGGCAUACUGGCAAGGCGGGAAGCGGACGUCGCCGUCACCGGUACGACGAUGACGCCGAUGAGGGCCGAAGUUGUGGACUUCACCCUGCCCAUCUUCCUGAGCAGCUAUAGGCUCUUCAUUCGGCAGCCCGAAAUGGUAGAUGUUGAGUGGGGAAACUUCUUGGCACCGUUCGACUACGGUCUCUGGCUCGGUAUUCUGGCAGUCAUCUUCGUGAUCUCGGUCUUGGUGGAGGCCUGCCAUCAGCUUAGCCGGAGGUUUAGUACUUGCAGCUCCGAGCGACUCCACCGCCCGCCAUUCCAGGAUUCCAUCUUCCACGUGUUCGCUGCCUUCUGCUCUCAAGGCCACGACAUGACACGCAGAGCUAUGUGCAUCCGCGUCUUGUUCCUGACAGCUCACAUGACGUCCGUAGUGUUGCUAGCGGCCUAUUCUGCAGGCCUCAUCUCCACACUCACUGUAGAAACACUGAACCUGCCGUUCACCACCUACGAGGAACUACUGAACAUGGGCCACGACAUGACACGCAGAGCUAUGUGCAUCCGCGUCUUGUUCCUGACAGCUCACAUGACGUCGGUAGUGUUGCUAGCGGCGUAUUCUGCAGGCCUCAUCUCCACACUCACUGUGGAAACACUGAACCUGCCGUUCACCACCUUCGAGGAACUACUGAACGUGGGUACUCACAUGGCCGGCGUUGUCAACAACUCGGCAGCAAUAGCGCUCUUCAGCGAGACGAAUGAUCUGUUACUGAGCGGACUGUACAAGAAACUGAUGGCCACAGACCCAGACAACUUUCCGCACUCUACCCUAGGAGGUCUUCAGCGUGUCUGUUCCAUGAAGUUCGCCUUCGUAGCCCAGAUGUCACGAAUGGAAAGCGUCAGACAUGACAUCCCUUGCAAGAUAGUCGGCCUGCCAGCCACCUCUAUAAAGGUGAACUUAGCCAUCGCUUUCGCAAAGGGCAGUCCAUACAGAGACAUCAUAAACCACAACUUACAGAGCAUGCGCAGCGCCGGAAUACUUCAGAAGUUGCAGCCCAAGGGCGGCCUGGAGGUGCAACAACGGAAGGGGGUCAAGAACGACCUGUCCAGCGUCAACCUGGGCGACGCUACGCCUCUUCUUGUCAUGUGGGCGGCCAGUAUCCUGAUAUGUGCCUGUCUGUUAAUUCUGGAAAGCAAAAUUCGACGGAUGGUGACGCGACCCUCCUACGUCACAGCCCAGGCUAAUCUGCGCACUUUGUAGAAUCGACAUAUUCUUUGUUUAUUUAACUAACCUUUAUCAACUGUCCAUGUUAUAUGGAGUGAAUUACGAGAUGAAGCGCCGUGUUAUGUAUUUAUUUUGGUCUGUUUAACGACAUUGUUAGCAUUACUAUUUGUUCUCUAGACUGUGCCUGUUGAAGUGAAGGAGAACUGGUUGAUUCAGUGGUUAUUUAAAGACACUUUUUCAAUAGCCCUGUUGAAAAGUGCGGAAUGAUAUAAAGUUUGCGAAUAAUUAAUUUGAAAGGAGAGAAGGAAAUUGUUUUGGUCUAUCUAGGGUAUUAUUCCACCCCAGUAUUUGUCUGGGAGGAAUGAGAAACAUUGUCAAAUCAGUAUGGACUAUUUCUGAGCAAAGACUGGAAACUGUCACCACUCGAAUGUGGAUGAUUCUGAGAGUAACAUAGUUACAUUCUGUGAAAAUAAAAGUUUUUGGAAAACUUAAUUAAUUUUGAUGGGGGUGGGACUGAGUCAACUUGGAACUCCGGCCACUACUGGGCCUAUUGUGCCAGCCACGAUUGAUAAUAGAUGAGUGUGAAGCGAUUAGUAUAAGGACGUUUUACAAGGGAAACUAGACCCAAAUGACCUCACAUGGGUUCGAACCUGGACCGCCGCUUAAGGAAGCUAACCAAUAACCGUCUGUGUCAUGGCACUGCCUAUCGAAUUACAACCUCAGAAUUUUCUUGUGUGAUUUUCUUAAUUAUUUCCAGACCUGGGAUAGCUCAGGCGGUAUAGUGACGGACUAAAAGCUGGACGACUUACGUUCGAUUCCCGGCAGAGACAAAUUUUUCUCUCCUCCAUAGCAUCAAGAUAGGUUCUAGGUCCCACCCAGGCUUAUCAAAUGGGUACCAGAGUCUGCUUCUCCAGGGUAAAACGGCAGGGCCAUGAAUCUAGCCACAGAUGGC